CGUCCGCCCGAACGUUCUGGCGCCUCCGCGAGCGCUGGGGCGCCACGAGGCCGCGUGUGGCGGGCUCUGGACAGGAGACUCCAGGACCCCGUGCAGCUGCCUCCGUCCUCUGUACUGGACCCCAUAGCCCCUCCCAGCGCCGCCUCCCGAGCCCUGGCACGUCUGCGAGAGCAGCGACAAUGGACCAGUCUCUGGCUGCCGGCCCUGAGAUGAGAAAUGUUCCCUCAGAAGGGACGGUGUCAUUUGAAGAUGUGGCUGUGAACUUCACGUGGCAGGAGUGGCGGUACCUGAGUGAAGCUCAGAGGACCCUGUACUGGGAUGUGAUGCUGGAGACCUGCAAUCACCUGGUGUCCCUAGGGCACUGUGUUACCGAUCCUAAGGAGAGCAUCAGGUCGGAGCAGGGAUUACAGUUGUGGACUGUGGAUGAUCCCCCAAACCAGGACCACUCAGAUGUCUAUACUGUGGAUCACCUGACUCAGGACAGCCCUGCAAAUCAGGGCAGACAUGCGUGGCAAGUUCUUACCACCAGCAGCAAAAUACCAUCCAACGAGAGAACUGACUUAAUGGAAAAAAGCAAUUUGCACUCAAUUCAUUGUUUGAACCAUAGUAUCAAAAAUGAAAACAAUUCAGCAAUGAUGCCUGAGAACUUUACUAUACAUAGGACCAUGAUGAUCCCUGGUAAGCCUCAUGAAGGGCAUGCUGGAGAGAACAAGGAGGUCUUUAGUAGAAUGAGGAAACCUAUCAAGUAUCCUGAGCACCUUAGUCACCAGGUGAUUCAGAACGUUCAGCAGCCUUUUGAAUUUCGUGAACAAGGAAAAGUCGUGAGUGAAGAAACAGUAUUUACACCUAGAGGAGCCCUUCUGGAAGGGAUUGUCCGUAAAUGCAAUGAGUGCAGGGACACCCAUGAUAAGGUACCUUUCGUUGUCCGAGACAGAACCCAAGGAGGACAGACUCCCUGCAGUUGUAAUGAAAAGGGGAGAGCUGCGGAGAUGACUCCAUUGCAUUUGAAUCCUCCUAGGUAUGUUGAACAUGAGCAGCAGAAAUGUUGUGAAAGUGGGGCCAGUCUCAGAAACACAUUUCAUACCUAUCCGCGUGAGAGUACCCAGUUAGGAAAGAAUAAUUUGGGAUAUAAGAGAUAUGGUGAAGCGGCCUCUAAAACCUCUGUUCUGACUGAACAUCAGAAAACACAAGCAGACGAUCAACCUUAUGAGUGUGGGGGCACCGCUGAGAUUUCCUUACAGAGGGGAUACCAGAGAAAUCUCACUGCAGUAAAGUUGUUUGGCUCUAACAAUUAUGUGAAAACUUACUCAUGGAAGACUGCCCUCACUUUACAUCCACAUUCUCAAACGGGAGUGAAGCGCUACCCGUGCCAGGUGCGUAAGAAAACUUUCAGGCGGAAACAUGCUUUUAGUGUCCAUCAGAGAACUCAUACAAGGGAGAAAUCCUAUCAAUGUCAGGUGUGCAGGAAAGUGUUCUCCCGUAAGUCAGUUCUUGUUCUACAUGAGAGGACUCACACUGGAGAGAAAUGCUAUGAAUGUGAAGGGUGUGGGAAAGCUUUUUCCAGGAAGUCUCACCUUACUGAGCAUCAGAGAAUUCACACUGGAGAGAAGCCUUACGAAUGUCAAGAGUGUAGGAAGACUUUCCUCUGGAAAUCAUCCCUCAGUAAACAUCAGAGAAUUCACACUGGAGAGAAGCCCUAUAAUUGUGAAGGGUGUGGGAAAGCUUUUUCUAGUAAGACACACCUUAUUAGACAUCAGACAAUUCACACUGGAGAGAAACCCUAUGAAUGUGAAGGGUGUGGUAAAGCUUUUUCCAGUAGGUGUUACCUCAGUGAGCAUCAGACAAUUCACAGUGGAGAGAAGCCUUAUGAAUGUCAAGAGUGUAGUAAGACUUUCCGAUGGAAAUCAUCCCUCAGUCAACAUCGGAGAAGUCACACUGGAGAGAAAUCCUAUUAUUGUGAAGAGUGUGGGAAAGCUUUUUCCAGUAAGUGUUACCUCAGUGAGCAUCAGAGAAUUCACACUGGAGAGAAGCCUUAUGAAUGUCAAGAGUGUGGGAAGACUUUCCAGUGGAAAUCAUCCCUCAGUAAACAUCAGAUAAUUCACACUGGAGAGAAACCCUAUGAUUGUGAAGGGUGUGGGAAAGCUUUUUCCCGUAAGUCACACCUCAUUAGACAUCAGAGAAGUCACACUGGAGAGAAACCCUAUGAUUGUGAAGGGUGUGGGAAAGCUUUUUCCCGUAAGUCAUACCUCAUUAGACAUCAGAGAAGUCACACUGGAGAGAAACCCUUUGAUUGUGAAGGGUGUGGGAAAGCUUUUUCCCGUAAGUCAUACCUCAUUAGACAUCAGAGAAGUCACACUGGAGAGAAACUCUAUGAUUGUGAAGGGUGUGGGAAAGCUUUUUCUAGUAAGCCACACCUCAUUACACAUCAGAGAAUUAUUCAUAGUGGAGAGAAAUCCUAUGAGUGUCAAGAAUGUGGGAAGGCUUUCCGCCAGAAAUCAUCCCUCAGUAAACGUCAGAGAAGUCACAGUGGAGAGAAGCCUUAUGAGUGUCAAGAGUGUGGGAAAACUUUUUCCAGUAAGCAAGCUCUCACUGGACAUCAGAGAUGUCACUGGACAAAAUCCCUAUGAUUGUGAAGAGUGGGAAAAUUUUUCAGGAAGUCAGCCCUCACUAGGCAUGACAAACUCCACACUGGAGGGAAAUGCUAUGAAUGUCAAGAGUGCGCAGGCAGGCCUCCCCUGGUGGUGCAGGUGGUUGAGUGCAGCGCUGUGAAGCUGUCCGUGGCCUUUGCGGUGGGAGUUUGAUUCCCUGGCCGGCCAGGAGCAGCCCCAUAGUGCGGCAGACCUCUCCUGUCUCACCCGCUGCAUGUAUUUCAGCAGUGUAUUUCGGUCAGUCUGCCUGUUCUGUUCCCCGCUCUGUCUCUGGUGCAUCCUCUCACCCUCCCACACAUCUGGCCUGUACCCUGGUUCUUGUAUGCUUGAAUAAAUAAAAAUCUUUUAAAAAUCUUCAAACUUAGGAGCUCAAACCACAUCAUGCAGCUGACAGCAAUGGGAACUGACAUACAGUUUCAAUCCUAAUUGCGUGGAGUUACCUGGUUCACUCAGUUCUCCCAAGCUGUAUUGCUGUUCCUGUUGCUGUUGCUCCUAGUAUCCUCUUAAGUUCCUGGGCGAUGCUAUGCCUGUCCACAGCAGCUGUCUGUCUACAUGGCACACUGCAUGUUGCGUGGGUAAGUGAUCCCUCUGGGUUUUCUAACUUAGUCGUCACAUUCUGUCCAGUACUCUAAGUCUCUGGUGCCCUCCGAUGCUGGAAUUGCUCACCACCAAAAUGUCCUCCUCUAGAAGGAAAUGUUGAACUGUGUGCUCUCGGCUAUAGGUUGAGGUCUGCAGCUGUCUUUACCUACCUUUCAUGAUGAAGGUUUUUUGGGGCCUCCCUGGUGGCCUCGGUGUUAAGUCUCAGCGCUAUUGCCUGCUCUGGCCAGGGUUUCAGCCCCAGCUAGGGAGCCGCCCCACAUAUGGCCGCAGCAGGCCUCUCCUGUGUCACCUGCUGCUCCUGUUAAUCAGGUAUUUCAGUGGUUCUGCCUGUUUGUCACCACACUCAGUAUCUGGUGAAUUCUCUCACCCCCGAGCCUCUGGUCUACACCCUAGUUCUACAAAAUAGGGGAAUUUUGUUAGAAGAUUAACUCUGCAUACAAGAUCUGGGGUGCAAACCGGUGGUAUGAGGGGGUGAGAGGAUUCUCCAUAGAGAGAGUGGGGUGCACAACAGGCGGAUCUACUGAAAUCCACUGCUGAGGGAGGCAGUGGGGAAACAGGAGAGGUCUACUGUGCCCGUGGGUCACCUCCCUGGCCAGUGAUCGAACUCGUGUCUGCAGUACUGAGAACAGCUUCAUAGUACUGAGACUUCACCCCUGCACCAACAGAGGCCCCUGAAAUUUUUUAAAGGAAAGGAUUCUUGUCUGUUAAUUUUUUUUUUUAAUAAAUUGUUGUUCAUCUUUGUGCAAUAUUGGAUUGCUCCCCUUCUGUAUAAUUCUUGCAAAUGUCCUGUCCACACCGCCCCUGUGACCGUCACCCCAGGCCCUGGUGCUCCUCCUCCCCUCCUGGCCCCUCUUCUGCCCCAUCCCCUGCUGGCGUCUCAGCUCUGUCAUCUGCCUGCUAGUUUUGUCUUUUUCCCCUGACCCUUUCUUCGUUCGCCUGUAUUCCUCCUGGAGGUGAUGAUGUAAUCCUGGUCUUUUUUCUUCACUCUUUGUUCAGAACAUAAUCCCUUCUGCCAUUGCUGGUCGAGCCCUGAAUGUGGUCUUUGUCUGAGUCAGUUCAUACCUUGGGGUGAGUGGUCGGUGUGUUAGGUGGUGGCCGAGGAAGUCCUUGAUGUAACUCUUGCUCCCACUCCCCCCUCAGGGUGUGUUUCUUUGGCUCCUUGGUGAUGCCGAGCGGAGAGUUUGUGCAGCAGGCCCAGAGUCUGAGGUCUCGGGUGUGCUCUUCUUCAUUUCUUGUCUUUGGUACGAAAGUACUUCCAGGUGGAGCCCAGAGUUCCAGAAGAGCCAGACAUUUAUUCACAGGAGUAAGGACAAGAAAGCUCCCUGAGCAGAACGGUCCCAAGGGUUGUCCGCUGGGGCCAAGAAGCAGGGGCUCCCACGGCUGUGGCGGGCAGGGAGCAGGGGCUGGUCGUGAGGAUCUCUGCCGCAUGUCUCUUGCUGAGGGGCUUGGCCUGAGGGCUCUCCCGAGGCUCUGAGUCCCGCUAAGUUUGCCCCCGUUACUCGCCCGCAUGUCCACACCUAGCCUCAGUCUGUGGAUUUGCAGUCGUGCCCUGUGUAGGCUCCACGGUGUCCUCUCCGCGGGGCUGGGCUCGGGGCCCGUCCAUCGGGGAUUGUUUCUCUGAUCAUGGAUUUGGGACUUGGGCGCCCACUCCUCCCUGUCCGUGCCCUCUACGCAGCUUCCUCAGUCAGGAACAUCUCUACGGCCAAAGCCCCCGUCCUGUGUUUCCAGGUCGGUGACUGAUGGGGUGUCUGUCCCCUGAGAGCAUCCUCCCUGAUUCAGGGGGAGGUACAUUGGUCCCUUCAAACUCCACCUGGAGUGUCGUGGCCACGGGCCUUAUUCCUCAACACGCCGUGGGAGGUCGCUGAGGUUUUCACCCCUAGGCCGCAGGACGGUUUCCAUGAUGCUGCAGGCUCCUACGUGUCCUCGAGCACCCUUUAAAGAUGGCAUCGGCCCCCUCAGCCUUCACCUCAGACCUUGUCCAAAGAGGCCUGCAGGGUUUGCUAAGACAAUGCUCCUCUGCUAGUACCAUGUUCCCUGGAAGUGUCUGUUGCUGUGACGUGACCCAUGUGGGCUGUUGCAGCAAGGGUCACUCUCUGCUCUGAAGGUGACUCAUGGGUUCAGGGGACUCGUGUCAUGUCCCCCUACAGGUGUGUUGGGGCAUCCAGGGGUGUGGCUUGUGAGGCCUCUGUGGAUGGGUGGGCGGCCCAGGUGGGUGGUGAUGCUGUCAGCGGUGGUCCAGGAGAGGCCUCCACCGUGCUCCAUGGGGACCUUGCCCAGCUCAGCCGCAUCCCGGGGUCAGGAUGCGCAGCAUCAGCACAGCCCAGAGACACUGUCCACGCUCCAGCGGUGAGGACACUACAGGAGCCUUGAUCUCCAGGGACAGGUUGUGGACCAGGGCAGGGGAGCAAUCCCCAGAGACGAGUGGGGAGCAGAACAGGCAGAUCCAUUGAAAUCCACUGCUGAGGGGAGCCGCGGGGAGACAGGAGAGGUGCUGCGCCCUGUGGGUCAGCUCCCUGGCUGGGGAUGGAGUUCUUGCUGCAGUGGCUGUGGACAGCUUCACGGUCUGAGACUUACGGAGCAGGGAGGCUAUGGGUCCAUUCUUGUGUGGGGUGCUUAUCCUUCGGAUAUGGGGACAAGAGGUGUGUGCUACUUGCAGGUCUGUGCCAUCUCCAUUGGUCGCCCCCACCUCUAAGUUCAUCCCCUGGAUGAAAGGGAGUGUACCCAUAAGAUACCAAGAUGGAUGGCCGGUCUUGGGCUGCGAGGUUCUCUUUCUCUGGAGAAGCAGAACUGCUCGGGAAGAACAUGUUGGUCUUGGUAAUGUAGCCAGGCUAGAAGACAAAGAAUAGUUUGACUUUUAACCCUUUGCACUCCGAACCAUUCUGGACAUUGGCUACAAGCUACUCGAUGCUACUUUGCAGCGGAAACGUGCAUUUACAGACCCUCGUAUUAUUUAGUAUAAUUUUGGAACCAAGUAACAUAUUAUAAUGAUAUUGGACAUACAUGAAUUGGGUGACAUCGAGGAAUGUAUAUUUACAAAAAAAACAAUAUUUUAUUGUUUAUAAUUUUGUACAGUACGAUAAGUUUUGUAACACUCCCCAAUAUGCAUUGCAGGCUGAUUAGUGGAGCUCAUCUUUACUACUACUUGUGUCAUGAGACUCAUUCGUGGUUGGACGCUUUGCCAUUGUUCUAAUAAAAAUAUAAAUAAAUGCAUGGGUUGAAAGUUUCUAAUUGUUAUUACUAACUGACAAGAUGAUAUUUACCAAAAUAGCUUUCACCAAACAAUUUAUUCACUAAGAAAAGAAUCACUUUUCCGAUUUUCUCCUCUUUAGAUUUAUGUGCACUGCUCGAGGCUUCAAACCAAAAUGAGCUCAGCUUUGAAAAUCUUUUCCUCCAGAUGUAGACUUGUUUAUUUGUAAUUAUAUAUCUCACUACACAGUGCACACUGUUUGAAAACUGACCUUUCUUCUACAAAGUCCCCUUAUUACUCUUUUCAAGUGGCAUAUUGAAGUCCUCGGACCGUUGUGAGCACGCAUCUCACAUUCUUGUCCGACACAAAACCCACUGACAUUUUUUGUAUAUAUCUUAGUAAUUUUACGAUAUUUUGAUUUAAUUUCUUGUGCCAUUUCAAGAUAAAACUUCAGGGAAACAUGCAUGUCUCAAAAAGUUGCGUUGAAAUAACUCAAUUCCCCAUAAUCACUAAUAAAUUGCAAUGUCCCCUGAGAGGGGACAUCCGAGUGAUAUGCUAGAAUUCCGAUGUCCCCUGAGAGGGGACAGCAGAGUGCAAAGGGUUAAGCAAUGAGCAGAAAGAACGCAGGUCUAUUUUGGGGAUGAAUGUAAGCCUUUGGGACACCCUGGUUUCAGAAAUAAGAGUAACAUGACAGAGUGAGUGUAUGUAAUAACACCAAACUCCGCAUUGAAAAACAUAUGCCUUCCUGGGCCUCCCUGGUGGUGCAGUGGUUGAGCGCUGGGUUGCGAAGCUGCCCGCGGCCUCUGCGGCACCGGUUCAAUCUCCGGCUGCUCCCCGGCCAUCAGAGGAGGGUCCCACAUGGUGCGCAGACCUCUCCUGCCGCCUGCUGCUCCCCUCAGCAGUGUACUUCGGUCCUUCUGCCUGUUCUGCUCCCCGCUCUGGCUCUGGUGAAUUCUCUCACCCUCCCGCGCUUCUGACUGUACCCAGUGCUUGUAUAAACCAAACAAACAAACAAAUAAAUAAAACAUGCCUCUAUUAAAAAAAAAAAAAGAAAAACAUAUGCCUUCCUAAGUACAAGUAAUGAACUAGAAGAGGAAAGCCAUUAACAAAGCCAUUCCACCUACAAUUGCACACGCAAAAAAAUUAACUGGGAAUAAAUUUAACAGAGGAGGUGAAAGACUUUUACAAGGAAAACUAUCAAACAUUGUGGAAACAAAUAAUAGAAAGCAUAGAGAAAUGGAAAGAAAGACCCAGCACAUGGGGUGGAAGAAUCAACAUUGUCCAAAGGGCCAUCCAACCCAAAGCCCCUUCUAGAUUCACUGCAACCCCAAUAAAUAUCCCGAUGGCAUUUUUCAGAGGAAUAGAACAAAGAUUACUUAAGUUCAUAUGGAAACACAACAGACCCCAAAUAACCAAAGCUUUCCUGAUUAAAAGCAGGGGGAAAUGAAGGAGUCACACUUCUGACCUCAAACUAAAGGUAAGGGGCCUCCCUGGUGGCCCAGGGGUUAAACACAGUGCUCUCAAACUACUGCCAGCCACUGUGCACAAGUUGGAUCCCCAGCCGGCCAGGGAGCUGACUGCCAUGUGCCUCAGACCUCUCCUGACUGGCCUGCUGGGCCCCUCAGCAGUAUAUUUUGUCAGUCGGCCUGCUCUGUUCCCUGCUCUGUCUCUGGUGAAUCCUCUCAACCCCGGCAUCUGCGGCCUGUACCCCAGCUCUUGUGUGCAUAAAUAAAUAAAUCUUAAAUAUUCGUUAAACGAGUAUUUUGGAAAGCCAAAUAAAUAAUUGAGCUAGAGUUACCUUAUCAAAUCCUUAGUUAUAAAUUAAUCUGACUUGUGAUAUCAUUUUGAAGAGUACUACUCAUAAGUAGAUUCAUGAAACAAAUCUGUAAAAACUUGGAUGUGUGCAAGAAUAUGUGGAACAUCCUGAGAGACAGAAAAUACAUCCCAAGAGCAGGCCAGGAGGAGCUGCUCACCUUCUCACAAGCAGGGAUGAGCAUCAAGCAGUCUCGGGCAGGGAGAGGCCGCGUUGUUUCCAGCUCGUGUCAUGAGACUUUCCUGGGCUUGGCUGCGGUGACCGACAUGUCGGCCAAGGUGAGGUGAAGUGUGGACUCUCUCUCAGUCCUGAGAGCUGGGGUGGAGGACGUGGAUGCUGCUCAGAGCGCCGUCUCGCCGUGACUCUGUGCACCCUGCUCAGCGGCCUUUCUGGGUGAGCUGAGGAAACAGUGUGAAGGACACGUGAAGUCUGUGAAAAGGCUGAGUAACCUAGGAAUGUUUUCCCUCUGCGGCGGGCCCUGUGCUGGCUCCGACUGCUCCCAGCCCUCCAGGGAAGCCCUCUGGGAAGCCGGA